AUGGCUUCCAUCAUCAAUUCACUCGCUGUGCCAUCCAGCUAUCGUGAUCAAUUAUAUCAAGGAUCCUCAAACCAACUCACGGACGAUCUAUCAACAACAGCCACCCUUUAUGUUGGUAACCUAUCAUUUUUCACAACAGAAGAGCAAAUCUACGAACUAUUUGGAAAAUGUGGAGAGAUCAAACGUAUCAUCAUGGGUCUUGAUCGUAAUCAAAAGACACCUUGUGGAUUUUGCUUUGUAGAAUACUACCACCGUUCUGAUGCACUUGACUGUAUGAAAUAUACCAAUGGCACCAAGUUAGAUGAGCGUGUUAUUCGUUGUGAUUUAGACCCUGGAUUCAAAGAAGGAAGACAAUUUGGUCGCGGCAAGAGCGGUGGACAAGUGAGAGAUGAAUACCGUACAGAAUACGAUGUUGGCAGAGGUGGUUGGGGUCAUCGCAUGCGUCUGCAACUUGAACAUGACCGCGAGCGCAACAUUAAGGAGAACUAUGAAGCCAUUAAAGAUAUCCCUCAAGGUGCUGAAGAGUACAAGAGUAGAGCUGCUACAGGCGGACACAGCGCAAAACGCAGAUAUGAUGAUAACGAAGAAGAGUCUCGUAAACGUCAAAAGGAGCAGAAUCCACGUUUCAGAGAGAAUGAGGAUGAUGAUGAGGAGUAA